AUGGCGCCCCGGGAGGAGACACCCCCGAACCGGCAGGCGCCCCCAGCGCCCCACUUCAACCUGAUCCCCGUGGGGCUCCGUGUGGUCACCAUCCAGAGUGCCAAGCUGGGUCACUACGUGGCCAUGAACGCCGAGGGGCUGCUCUACAGCUCGCCGCAUUUCACAGCUGAGUGUCGCUUUAAGGAAUGCGUCUUCGAGAAUUACUACGUCCUGUACGCCUCUGCUCUCUAUCGCCAGCGCCGCUCUGGCCGGGCCUGGUACCUGGGCCUGGACAAGGAGGGCCGAGUCAUGAAGGGAAAUCGAGUCAAGAAGACCAAGGCAGCGGCCCACUUUGUGCCCAAGCUCCUGGAAGUGGCCAUGUACCGGGAGCCAUCUCUCCACAGUGUCCCUGAGACCUCCCCUUCCAGUCCCCCUGCCCCCUGA